CCGGGCCCCCCCCGGGCACUUUCCGAGGGGACUCGGGAGCGGGAGGCAGCGCCGAGCCCGGCCAGCCCCGCUCCGCCAUGGCCCCAGCCCCCCCGCGCCGCCCCCGGCCCCGGUCCCGGGCGCUGCUGCCGCUGCUGCUGCCGCUGCUGCUGCCGCCGCCGCCGCCCGUCGCUGCCUUCAACCUGGAGGCGUCGCGGCCCGUCGCCUUCCGCGGGGCCCCCGGGUCCCUCUUCGGCUUCGCGUUGGACUUUUACCUGCCCGAGCCCCGCAGCGUCAGCAUCCUGGUGGGUGCCCCCAAGGCCAACACGAGCCAGCCCAAUGUCACCCAGGGGGGAGCCGUCUACCACUGCCCCUGGCCCCCCGGUGACGACUGCACCCCCAUCGACUUCGACCACAUCGGGACCCGCACCCAUGACUUCGGGGGCAACAGCACGGAGACCACCGACCCCGUCGAGUUCAAGUCCCUGCAGUGGUUCGGGGCCACCGUGCGGGCGCACAACGCCUCCAUCCUGGCCUGUGCCCCUCUGUACAGCUGGAGCCCCCCCAAGGAGGAGGGGGGGGGCCGGGAGCCGGUGGGCACCUGCUUCCUCUCCAUCGGCAACUUCUCCAAGUUUGUGGAGUACGCGCCCUGCCGCUCAGAUCUGAACUCUGCAGCCGGGCAGGGCUACUGCCAGGGGGGCUUCAGCGCCGAGUUCACCCAGACGGGACGGGUGCUCCUGGGGGGGCCCGGCAGCUACUUCUGGCAAGGGCAGGUGAUGUCGGCGACGCAGGAGCAGAUCGCAGCCUCCAGCUACCCCGAGUACUUCAUCCAGGAGGUGGCCGGGCAGCUCCAGACGCGCCAGGCGUCCCCCACCUACGAUGACAGCUACAUGGGCUACUCGGUGGCGGUCGGUGAGUUCAGCGGGGACAUGACACAAGACUUCGUGGCUGGUGUCCCCAAGGGCAACCUCACCUAUGGCUAUGUCACCAUCCUCAAUGGCACCAACAUGAAGUCCCUGUACAACUUCUCGGGGGAGCAGAUGGCAGCGUAUUUCGGCUACGCGGUGGCAGCCACAGACGUGAACAACGACGGGCUGGCCGAUCUGCUGGUGGGGGCCCCCCUCUUCAUGGCGCGGACAGGGGAGGGGCGGGUGCAGGAGGUGGGCAGGGUGUACCUGUACCUGCAGCUGCCCGGGGGGGCCCUGCCCGCCCCCGCCCCCACCCCCGCCAUGGCCCCCGCCCCCGCCAUGGCCCUCACCGGGCCCCAGGAAUACGGGCGCUUCGGCAGCGCCAUCGCCCCCCUGGGCGACCUCGACCUCGACGGCUUCAAUGACGUGGCGGUGGGGGCCCCGCUGGGCGCCGAGGGCCGGCAGGGCCUGGUGUACAUCUACAGCGGGCGGGGGUCCGGGCUGCACCCCGAGCCCGCCCAGGUGCUGCAGGGGCACUGGCCCCCCGGCCGGCACCCCGACUUCUUCGGAGCCGCCCUGCGCGGGGCCACUGACCUCGAUGGCAACGGCUACCCGGACCUCCUGGUGGGCGCCUUUGGGGUGGACACGGCCGUGGUGUACAGGGGCCGCCCCAUCGUCCACGCCAGCGCCGUGCUCAGCGUCUUCCCCACCAUGUUCAACCCUGAGGAACGUGGCUGCGUCCUCGAGGGCACCGGCCUCCACGUCCCCUGCAUCAACGUCAGCUUCUGCCUCAACGCCUCGGGGCGUCACCUGCCCGGCCCCAUUGGCUUCGCGGUGGAGCUGAGCGUGGAUGGGGCGAAGGCUGCGGGGGGGCGACGGGCGCUGUUCCUCCCGGGGGGGCAGCCCACCCGCACCCUCACCCUGCCCGUCCCCAACGGCGCCGGCACCCGCUGCCACACCAUGGCCGUCUUCCUACGGAAUGAGUCGGAGUUUCGAGACAAGCUGUCACCCAUCGCCGUGGGGCUGAGCUUUGCCCUGGACCCCCACGCGCCCCCCGACACCCAUGGGCUGCACCCAGUCCUGGCUGCCCAUACCCGCACCCGGCUGGAGGCCAAGGCUCACAUCCAGCUGGACUGCGGGGAGGACAACGUCUGCGUGCCCGACCUGCAGCUGGAGGCGUCCGUGGAUCGCCACGCCGUCUACCUGGGGGACCGCAACAGCCUGAACCUGACCUUCAACGCCCGCAACCAGGGCGAGGGGGGGGCUUACGAGGCCGAGCUGCACGUGCGGCCCCCUCCUCACGCCCAGUACACCGGGGUGCUGCACCCACACGGGAACUUCUCUGCGCUGAGCUGUGAGCUCGGGGGGGGCAACGGCUCGAGCCCCCUCAUCUGCGACCUGGGUAACCCCAUGAAGGCGGGCGCCAGCAUCUGGGGGGGGCUGCGCUUCACCAUCCCCCACCUCAGCGACAGCAGCAAGAGCAUCCGCUUCGAGCUGCAGAUCCGCAGCAAGAACGCCAACAACUCGCAGAGCGAGGUGGUGACGGUGCCGCUGGAGGUGCGGGCGGCCACCCGCCUCUCCGCCUUCGGGGUGUCCCGGCCCGACGUUGUCAUCAUCCCCGAGGGGGGCUGGACGUCGGAGCAGCCGCCCCAGCGGCUGCAGGACCUGGGGCCGCCUGUGGAGCACGUCUACGAGGUGGUGAACGAGGGUCCCAGCGCCAUCAGCCACGGCACCCUGGAGCUGAGCUGUCCCCUGAGCUACCGGAGCCACCCCCUCCUCUAUGUCACCGGCCACUCGGGACCCCGCAACUGCUCUGCCAGCCACCCCCUGGACAGCCUGCACCUGGCGGAGCAGAGCCCGGAGACACACGUCCUGCAGCGCCGGGACACGCGGGGCAGCGGCCCCCCCGCAGCCCCCUACGCCCUGGGGUGCCCGGAGGGCGAGUGCUUCCGGCUGAGCUGCCCCAUGGGGGGGCUGGAGAAGCAGCAGCGGGUGACCCUGCGCCUGGACUUCCGCCUGUGGGCCCCCUCCCUGCGGCAGCGGGAGGUGCGGGCACAGGCGCUGCGCUGUGAGGCCGAGUACCGGGUGCUGCGGCUGCCGUACCGCAUCCGGCCCCAGCUCUACCCCACCCAGCGCCUGCAGGUGGUGACGGGGCUGCAGUGGGCGCGUGCCGAGGGCAGCUCGGGGGUGCCGGUGUGGGUGGUGGUGCUGGCGGUGCUGCUGGGGCUGCUGCUGCUCGCCCUGCUCUGCUACGGCCUCUACAAGCUGGGCUUCUUCAAGCGCUCGGUGCCCUACGGCACGGCCAUGGAGAAGGCGCAGCUGAAGCCCCAGGCGGCCUCGGAGGCCUGACGGGGCCCCGCACCACCGGCGCCCGCCGGCGUCACCCGCACCGCGGUGACACCCGCUCAGUGUCACCGGGCACCGCGCCGGGACGGGCACCGCCGGGCUGGGCACCGCCGGGACGAGCACCAACGCGCCGGGUACCCCCGUACCGGGCACCGCCAACACGCUGGACACCGUCGGGCAACAGUCCCGGCACAGCCGGGAUGGGCACCACCGCCGGAACGGGUACCGCCAUGCCCGGCAUCGCCGCCGGACCGAGUACCGCCGGGACAGGCAUCACCACCGGACUGGCUACCGUCGUGCUGGGCAUCACCACCGGACCGAGUACCGCCGGGACAGGCAUCACCACCGGACUGGCUACCACCGGGACAGGCACUGCCGGCACACGGGGUGACGCCGAGCCGGGCACUGACACGCUGGACACCGCCGUGCCAGGCGGCAGCAACCCAGGCACAACCGCCGUGCCGGGUACAACCGCCGUAGCUGGCACAACCUGCAUGCUGGGCACAACCGCCGGGCCGGCUACCGCCACACAGGGACACCAUCGCCGGGCCGGGCACCACCGCCGUGCUGGUGGCAUCGCUGCCGUGACAGUCAGGACACCGGUGGGAUGGACAACACCCGGCCGGGUACCACCGUGACUACGCCGUCACCACACCGGGCGCCGGUGCCAGCCCUGUGCCCUCCCCCGCCCCCCCCCCAACCUGGCACAGGACAUGGGGACAGUCACGCCCUGGUGUCACCCUCUCACGGUGUCACCCUCUCACGGUGUCACCCCGGCGCGGUGUCACCCCGGCGCGGCUGACGCGUGCUGCACUGCCCGUGCCCCCCGCCACGGGCUCCUCACUUUGCACUGACCCCGCGCCCGAUUUUGGGGGGGGGGACACACGACACAACACACGACUCAAAACCCACCCCCCCCCAUGUCCCCGGGGUGUCCCCGGGGUGUCCCCAGGUGUCCCCGGGCCGCGGGGGGGGGUGAUUGCACUAGCACGGGGUGGGGGGGGUGGGGGGCAGGGG